CUGCUACUUUAUUGAGAGGAGUUCUGGCUACUCCAAAGGGCUUUUCAAAAUGAAAUUUGACAAUGUCCUCUCAGAAAUCAAUGGAUUUGGGAAAUUUCAAAUAAUGAUCGUCCUGAUUCAGAGUCUCUCUCGCAUGACCCUGCCGUGUCACUUCUUACUGAAUAACUUCAUAGCUGCUGUACCCUCUCACCAUUGUGACCUUAGCGCUCUGGAUGAUGAGGGUGUCUUUGGGAAUCUGACCCAGGAGCAGAGACUGACUGUCAGUAUUCCAGUACAGGAAGAUGGGACUCCAAGCUCCUGUAAGAUGUUCCCAGAGUCCCAGUUCCACCUUCUGUCCAACUCCAAUGACAGUGACCUAGCUACAGUCCCCUGCCAGAAUGGAUGGGUAUAUGACAACAGCACCUUCAAAUCCACUCUUGCUACAGAGGUAAGUCUCUUCCUUUUCUGUCUGUUUUGUUUCAAAGAUGGUAAGCAUUGAACAUGUUGAUCACUUUGGUUAUUGUUAUGAUCUCUUUAAAGUGGGACCUUGUAUGCGAUAGAAAAGGGAUGAACAAAGUGACAGCUACCAUUUUCUUCAUUGGAUUAAUGUGUGGGGCUCCUUUAUUCGGUUUCCUCAGUGACAGGUAUGUAUGCACUAUACAGAAAGAACCCUUACUACUUCACACAAACUCGUGUAUACACACCAAGGUUAUUAUAGUAAACGAAAACCGAAACCUGUUGUAAAGUUUUUAAAAAAUGUAUAACUGCCUUAAUUUUGCUGGACCCGAGGAAGAGUAGCUAAUGGGGAUCCAUAAUAAAUACAAAUACAAAUACACCAUUCUAGAACUACUGAUAAGGCAGCAGCUACUCUUCCUGGGGUCCAGCAACAUUAAUGCAGUUAUAUACAAUUUAAAAUAUUACAUGACAUUACAUUUCAUAAAAUUUUUCACAACACAUUAAGUGUGUUUCCUCAGGCCACUACUCUACUAUCACAUAUCUACAAUUCAAAAUCCAUGUGUACCUGUGUUUAGCGUGCGUGUCUUAUCAUGUGUAUGUGUGUCUGUGCCUGUGUGUGUCUCUCUUCAGUCUCCACUGUUCCAUAAGGUGUAUUUUUAAUUAUUUUUUUAUCUGAUUCUACUGCUUGCAUCAGUUACCUGAUGUGGAAUAGAGUUCCAUGUAGCCAUGGCUCUAUGUAGUACUGUGCGCCUCCAGUAGUCUGUUCUUGAUUUGGGGACGGUGAAGAGACCUUUGGUGGCAUGUCUUGUGGGUUAUGCAUGGGUGACCGAGCUGUGUGCUAGUAGUUUAAACAGACACCUCGGUGCAUUCAGCAUGUCAACUGUCACAAGUGUAGAGAGGGGUAGGCAGGAGGCAGUCGCAGGAUUUAGAACUACUGAAUUUAUUAAAGCACCAUAGCUUAAAGCGGAAUAAAAUCCACAGUGCAAAAUAUAAAGUACUCAGGAAAUAGUAGGAGCGAUUCCUCUCAGGAAAACAAGCAACAUAUACAAUGACCGACAAAGACAAAUGAAAGAGGGAGUAUAUACAGUGGGGAAAAAAAUUAUUUAGUCAGCCACCAAUUGUGCAAGUUCUCCCACUUAAAAAGAUGAGAGGCCUGUAAUUUUCAUCAUAGGUACACGUCAACUAUGACAGACAAAUUGAGAAAAAAAAAUCCAGAAAAUCACAUUGUAGGAUUUUUUAUGAAUUUAUUUGCAAAUUAUGGUGGAAAAUAAGUAUUUGGUCACCUACAAACAAGCAAGAUUUCUGGCUCUCACAGACCUUUGAAUUCUUCUUUAAGAGGCUCCUCUGUCCUCCACUCGUUACCUGUAUUAAUGGCACCUGUUUGAACUUGUUAUCAGUAUAAAAGACACCUGUCCACAACCUCAAACAGUCACACUCCAAACUCCACUAUGGCCAAGACCAAAGAGCUGUCAAAGGACACCAGAAAAAAAAAUUGUAGACCUGCACCAGGCUGGGAAGACUGAAUCUGCAAUAGGUAAGCAGCUUGGUUUGAAGAAAUCAACUGUGGGAACAAUUAUUAGGAAAUGGAAGACAUACAAGACCACUGAUAAUCUCCCUCGAUCUGGGGCUCCACGCAAGAUCUCACCCUGUGGGGUCAAAAUGAUCACAAGAACGGUGAGCAAAAAUCCCAGAACCACACGGGGGGACCUAGUGAAUGACCUGCAGAGAGCUGGGACCAAAGUAACAAAGCCUACCAUCAGUAACACACUACGCCGCCAGGGACUCAAAUCCCGCAGUGUCAGACGUGUCCCCCUGCUUAAGCCAGUACAUGUCCAGGCCCGUCUGAAGUUUGCUAGAGUGCAUUUGGAUGAUCCAGAAGAGGAUUGGGAGAAUGUCAUAUGGUCAGAUGAAACCAAAAUAGAACUUUUUGGUAAAAACUCAACUCGUCGUGUUUGGAGGACAAAGAAUGCUGAGUUGCAUCCAAAGAACACCAUACCUACUGUGAAGCAUGGGGGUGGAAACAUCAUGCUUUGGGGCAGCUUUUCUGCAUAGGGACCAGGACGACUGAUCCGUGUAAAGGAAAGAAUGAAUGGGGCCAGGUAUUGUGAGAUUUUGAGUGAAAACCUCCUUCCAUCAGCAAGGGCAUUGAAGAUGAAACGUGGCUGGGUCUUUCAGCAUGACAAUGAUCCCAAACACACCGUCCGGGCAACGAAGGAGUGGCUUCGUAAGAAGCAUUUCAAGGUCCUGGAGUGGCCUAGCCAGUCUCCAGAUCUCAACCCCAUAGAAAAUCUUUGGAGGGAGUUGAAAGUCCGUGUUGCCCAGCGACAGCCCCAAAACAUCACUGCUCUAGAGGAGAUCUGCAUGAAGGAAUGGGCCAAAAUACCAGCAACAGUGUGUGAAAACCUUGUGAAGACUUACAGAAAUGUUUGACCUGUGUCAUUGCCAACAAAGGGUAUAUAACAAAGUAUUGAGAAACUUUGGUUAUUGACCAAAUACUUAUUUUCCACCAUAAUUUGCAAAUAAAUUCAUAAAAAAUCCUACAAUGUGAUUUUCUGGAUUUUUUUUCUCAUUUUGUCUGUCAUAGUUGACGUGUACCUAUGAUUAAAAUUACAGGCCUCUCUCAUCUUUUUAAGUGGGAGAACUUGCACAAUUGGUGGCUGACUAAAUACUUUUUCCCCCCACUGUAUACAGUAAUAGAGUGGGGAUUGGAACCAGGUGUGUGUGUAAUGUCUCCCGAGUGGCGCAGUGGUCUAAGGCACUGCAUCGCAGUGCUAGCUGUGCCACCAGAGAUCCUGGUUCGAAUCCAGGCUCUGUCGUAGCUGGCUGCGACCGGGAGACCCAUGGGGCGACGCACAAUUGGCCCAGCGUCGUCCAGGGUAGGGGAGGGAAUGGCCGGCAGGGGAUGUAGCUCAGUUGGUAGAGCAUGGCGUUUGCAACGCCAGGGUUGUGGGUUCGAUAAAAUAAUGUAUGUGCUAACUGUAAGUCGCUCUGGAUAAGAGCGUCUGCUAAAUGACUAAAAUGUAAAAUGUAAAAUGUAAUGAUGAUGAGACAAGUCCGGGGUUGAUGAGUAAAGGGCGUUUGCCAGCAGCAGGUUCGGCAGCAGCUAGAUGUCAGUAAUGCUGAUGUGGAUGCAGUGGUGAAGUCAAGGGCAGGACACAGAGGAUAAGCCAAGACGACUUUACUCAUAAACUCUAUACGCACAAAAACAAACGGCCUCAAAACACGAGGCGAAACAAAUACGCGGAGUGCGUAAUGAACACGAAUAGCCAAGGUACCGACCCAAUACAUUAAGGACAAGCGGACAAUAACAUACAAAGGCAAACAUAAAACAGGGGAACUUAUACAGUGGGGAGAACAAGUAUUUGAUACACUGCCGAUUUUGCAGGUUUUCCUACUUACAAAGCAUGUAGAGGUCUGUCUUUUUUAUCAUAGGUACACUUCAACUGUGAGAGACGGAAUCUAAAACAAAAAUCCAGAAAAUCACAUUGUAUGAUUUUUAAGUAAUUAAUUUGCAUUUUAUUGCAUGACAUAAGUAUUUGAUCACCUACCAACCAUUAAGAAUUCCGGCUCUCACAGACCUGUUAGUUUUUCUUUAAGAAGCCCUCCUGUUCUCCACUCAUUACCUGUAUUAACUGCACCUGUUUGAACUCGUUACCUGUAUAAAAGACACCUGUCCACACACUCAAUCAAACAGACUCCAACCUCUCCACAAUGGCCAAGACCAGAGAGCUGUGUAAGGACAUCAGGGAUACAAUUGUAGACCUGCACAAGGCUGGGAUGGGCUACAGGACAAUAGGCAAGCAGCUUGGUGAGAAGGCAACAACUGUUUUGCGCAAUUAUUAGAAAAUGGAAGAAGUUCAAGAUGACGGUCAAUCACCCUCGGUCUGGGUCUCCAUGCAAGAUCUCACCUCGUGGGGAAUCAAUGAUCAUGAGGAAGGUGAGGGAUCAGCCCAGAACUACACGGCAGGACCUGGUCAAGACCUGAAGAGAGCUGGGACCACAGUCUCAAAGACAACCAUUAGUAACACACUACGCCGUCAUGGAUUAAAAUCCUGCAGCGCACGCAAGGUCCCCCUGCUCAAGCCAGCGCAUGUCCAGGCCCGUCUGAAGUUUGCCAAUGACCAUCUGGAUGAUCCAGAGGAGGAAUGGGAGAAGGUCAUGUGGUCUGAUGAGACAAAAAUAGAGCUUUUUGGUCUAAACUCCACUCACUGUGUUUGGAGGAAAAAGAAGGAUGAGUACAACCCCAAGAACACCAUCCCAACCGUGAAGCAUGGAGGUGGAAACAUCAUUCUUUGGGGAUGCUUUUCUGCAAAGGGGACAGGACGACUGCACCGUAUUGAGGGGAGGAUGUAUCGCGAGAUCUUGGCCAACAACCUCCUUCCCUCAGUAAGAGCAUUGAAGAUGGGUCGUGGCUGGGUCUUCCAGCAUGACAACGACCCAAAACACACAGCCAGGGCAACUAAGGAGUGGCUCCGUAAGAAGCAUCUCAAGGUCCUGGAGUGGACUAGCCAGUCUCCAGACCUGAACCCAAUAGAAAAUCUUUGGAGGGAGCUGAAAGUCUGUAUUGCCCAGCGACAGCCCCGAAACCUGAAGGAUCUGGAGAAGGUCUGUAUGGAGGAGUGGGCCAAAAUCCCUGCUGCAGUGUGUGCAAACCUGGUCAAGACCUACAGGAAACGUAUGAUCUCUGUAAUUGCAAACAAAGGUUUCUGUACCAAAUAUUAAGUUCUGCUUUUCUGAUGUAUCAAAUACUUACGUCAUGCAAUAAAAUGCUAAUUAAUUACUUAAAAAUCAUACAAUGUGAUUUUCUGGAUUUUUGUUUUAGAUUCCGUCUCUCACAGUUGAAGUGUACCUAUGAUAAAAAUUACAGACCUCUACAUGCUUUGUAAGUAGGAAAACCUGCAAAAUCGGCAGUGUAUCAAAUACUUGUUCUCCCCACUGUAGGUGACAUAGUCAAUACAGAAUACGACACAGGUGUACCAACUAGACAUGACAAAACAAACAUUGAAAACAUCAAGCGGUAGUAGCUAGUACUCCGGGGACGACGAACGCCGAAGCCUGCCCGAGCAAGGAGGAGGAGCAGCCUCGGCGACAUCCGGGGGAGCCAAAGUGAAGGCUGGUGUGACAUCAACACUUCUUACAAAAUCUUUGAGCCAUGAGAGAUUUACAUACAUAUUAUUAAUGUUAGCUCUCCGUGUACAUUUCAAGGGCUAGCCGUGCUGCCCUGUUCUAAGCCAAUUGUAAUUUUCCGAGGUCCCUCUUUGUGGCACCUGACCACACGACUGAACAGUAGUCCAGGUGCGACAAAACUAGAGCCUGUAGGACCUGCCUUGUUGAUAGUGUUGUUAAAACAGCGCUUUAUUAUGUACAGACUUCUCCCCAUCUUAGCUACUGUUGUAUCAACAUGUUUUGACCAUGACAGUUUACAAUCCAGGGUUACUCCAAGCAGUUUAGUCACCUCAACUUGCUCAAUUUCCACGUUAUUUAAUUACAAGAUUUAGUUGAGUUUUAGGGUUUAGUGAAUGAUUUGUCCCAAAUACAAUGCUUUUAGUUUUUGUAAUAUUUAGGACUAACUUAUUCCUUGCCACCCAUUCUGAAACUAACUGCGGCUCUUUGUUAAGUUUUGCAGUGAUUUCACUCGCUGUAGUGUAUAGUGUUGAGUCAUCCGUAUACAUAGACACAUUGGCUUUACUCAAGGCCAGUGGCAUGUCAUUAGUAAAGAUUGAAAAAAGGGGCCUAGACAGCUUCCCUGGGAAAUUCCUGAUUCUACCUGGAUUAUGUUGGAGAGGCUUCCAUUAAAGAACACUGUUAGACAGGUAACUCUUUAUCAACAAUAUAGCAGGGGGUGUAAAGUCAUAACACAUACGUUUUUCCAGCAGCAGACUAUGAUCGGUAAUAUCAAAAGCCGCGCUGAAGUCUAACAAAACAGCUCCCACAAUAUUUUUAUCAGAAAUGUCUCUCAGCCAAUCAUCAGUCAUUUGUGUAAGUGCCAUGCUUGUUGAAUGUCCUUCCCUAUAAGCGUGCUGAAAGUCUGUUGUCAAUUUGUUUAAAAUAGCAUUGUAUCUGGUCAAACACCAUUUUUUUGAGAAUUUUUUUUUUUACCAGCCCUUAGUAAAUGUUUACUAAGGGCUGGUAACAGGCUGAUUGGUCGGCUAUUUGAGCCAGUAAAGGGGGCUUUACUAUUCUUGGGUAGCAUAAUUACUUUUGUUUCCCUCCAGGCCAGAGGGCACACACUUUCUAGUUUGCUUAGAUUGAAGAUAUGGCAAAUAGGAAUGGCAAUAUCGUCCGCUAUUAUCCUCAGUAAUUUUCCAUCCGAGUUGUCAGACCCUGGUGGCUUGUCAUUGUUGAUAGACAACAAUAAUUUGUUUACCUCUUCCACACUCACUUUACGGAAUUCAAAAUUACAAUGCUUGUCUUUCAUAAUUUGAUCAGUUAUACUUGUAUGUGUAGUGUCAGCGUUUGUUGCUGGCAUGUCAUUCCUAAGUUUGCCAAUCUUGCCAAUGAAAAAACUUUGGCAAUAUCAGUGGAUUUUGUGAUGAAUGAGCCAUCUGAUUCAAUGAAUGAUGGAGCUGAGUUUGCAUGUUUGCCCAAAAUGUCAUUUAAGGUGCUCCAAAGCUUUUUACUAUCAUUCUUUAUAUCAUUUAUCUUUGUUUCAUAGUAUAGUUUCUUCUUAUUUUUAUUCAGUUUAUUCACAUGAUUUCUCAAUUUGCAGUACGUUUGCCAAUCGGUUGUGCAGCCAGACUUAUUUGCCAUUCCUUUUGCCUCAUCCCUCUCAACCAUACAAUUUUUCAAUUCCUCAUCAAUCCACAGGGAUUUAGCAGUUUUUACAGUCAUUUUUUUAAAAGGGGCCAUGCUUAUUAGUAACUGGAAUAAGCAAUUUCAUAAAUGUGUCAAGUGCAAUGUCUGGUUCCUCCUCAUUACACACCACAGCCCAACAAAUAUUCUUUAUAUCAACAACAUAGGAAUCACUACAAAACAUCUUGUAUGCACUCUUAUACACUAUAUUAGGCUCAGCCUUUGGUGUUCAAUUGAAUCCUUUACAGAAAUGAAAUACUCUGAUAGUGUCUAGUGUUUAAUAGCAUGUUGUUGUCUUUUACUUAGCUGCAUUGUGUAUAGAAAUAUGGGAACACUUUACAUUAUGUCACGCUCGUCGAAAUGAGUGGACCAAGGCGCAGCGUGAUAUGCGUACAUCUUCUUUAAUAGUGUACUUAGCAACACAAUAACACAACAAACGAUAUGUGAAGUCCUCUUGUUAACAACACAAACCUACACGGAACAAGAUCCCACAAAACACAAGUGCACAACAGGCUGCCUAAGUAUGGGUCCCAAUCAGAGACAACAAGCAACAGCUGAUUCUCGUUGCCUCUGAGAACCACCCCGGCCAACAUAGAAACACAUAACCUAGAACAGAACAUAGGAAACGAAACAUAGACACUACACAAAGAAACUAACACCCUGGCUCAACAUACAAGAGUCCCCAGAGCCAGGGCGUGACACAUUAUGAUAUACUGAUAAUUUGCCUUUAUAAUGUUUUAUUUUUCUUUGAACAGAUUCGGCCGGAGGGCAAUGCUGAUGGUGGCUUACCUGUCAACUAUGGUGUUUGCUUUUACCAGUGCCUUCUCCACCUCCUAUGUCAUGUUUUGUAUCAUGAGAUUUUUCACCGGAGUGACACUAUCUGGAAUAAGCAUAAUCUCCAUUGUACUCAGUGAGUUAGUCCCUGAUUGUGCUUUGUAUUGUAACGUGUUAUACAUAUUAAAGUGUUAAACAGGUAGCCUAGCAGUUAAGAGCGUUGGGCCAGUAACUGAAAGGUCACUGGUUCAAAUCCCCGAGCCGACUAGGUGAAACAUCUGUCGAUGUCCCCUUGAGCAAGGCACUUAACCAUAAUAGCGCCUGUAAGUUGCUCUUGAUAAGAGCGUCUGCUAAAAUGUAAAAUGUAUAAUAUUAUUAUAGUCUCCCUCUACAAGAGAUUUUAAACCUCAAGGGAAUUGAUCUUGGUUAAAUUUGGGGUUAAAUUAAAUACACUGGGUUUUCAUAAAUUAUACAUAUAAAAAGGUUGAUGAUUGAUUUAGUGAUAUAUUGCAUGACUGAGUGAUCUUUUAUGUUCCUGCUGUAGCUUCUAGGAAUAUUCAGUUUGUUCAAUAUGAACUUUGACUGUAGAGGCACUCUGCAAAUUAUGUAGAGACAAAUCUGAAAAGUAAAUGAAAAAAAAACUGAGUUGCGUGACAUUAGAUGUAAGUGUUAGCAUGGAAAUCUGUAUUUACUUUAACAUUCAAAUAUAAUUCAUUACAAACUCUCUUUCCUGGACAUUUCAACAGGUGUGGAAUGGUUUGACAUUCAACACAGGACCUUUGCUGGAGUGAUAGUAAGCCUGGAUUGGACAGGUGGAAACAUGCUGCUAGCUAGUAUUGCAUACUUUGUGAACGACUGGAGGUGGCUGACCAUAGCAGUUACCUCGCCUCUUGUCUUGGCUGUCAUUACCUGGUGGUACACAACCCAUUUUACUUUGAUAUUAUGUGUUAUAUUUGGUUUGAUGAGUUCAAAGUUAAAACUUGUCCCGUGGUAAAACAUGUAUAGGUAAAACUGUUUUAAAUGUUUGUGGAUGUACGGGUGAAGUCAGACCUUACUAUUUGUGCAAUACAAAUUCCCUCUCCUGGGCAAAUAACGGUAUAUAUAUCUACUAAAAGGAAAGGUUUCUAACAUGUUAUUUCUAACAUUAUUAUUAGAGACCAUGUGGUGGUCUUGCCUGGUGUCAACAGGGAUCUGUGCCAUUGCAGGUGGCUUCCAGAGUCUGCUAGGUGGCUCUUAGCGAAUGGAGAAAAAGAAAAAGCCCUUUUCUACCUGGAGAAAUGUGCCAAGAUGAACAACAGAUCCAAGUGUAUGGCUGAGAUCACACCACAGGUACAUUUAAUGCUCACAUAUGUGGUAUCAUAUUAGGAGAGCCAUAGUCUCAACAGGGCUUCUUUCAAUCUCAAGUCCUGCUGAGACUGAGGCUGUCCUAAUAUCAACACCGUACUCAGAAAAUGCUGCUCAUUUUAGCAUGCGUGGCUUCAUGACAAUGGUGAAACUAAUGACUAAUAGCCGCAGGUUAAAUACAAUUCUGAGCUAUCUAGGUAAGCAAAUAAGAUACACCUAGACAUGAGUUGUUGGAUCAAAAGUUUAACAUAAAAACAUGCCUUUUUGGAUGCCCACAGACCCUUACGAAUGCAGUAACAGUUGAAAAUGAGGACAAGAAGUACGGUUUUGUGGACCUUGUGAGAACUCCAAAUAUAAGGAAACUUGCCAUUUGCACAGGGAUACUAUGGUAAGUAGGUGAAAACACUUUUGGAUCUCACCAAGGUCUGAUGCCAUAUAAUUAAUCUUACAGUAAAUGCCCUUAAAGGGAAACUCCACUUAAAAACUAUAUUUUAGUAUUUUUUCAUUGGUCCACUGUUGAUAUAGUCCACAUCAUCGGCCACAUGCAAAACGGAUCAUCAUGAUAAUGUGGCCAGUGACACUUUGCUUCUUGAAAGUCCAAUAUCUUGAAAACUGCUGACAUGAAAAAAAUGUUGGGACUGUAUCAACAGUGGAUUAAUGAAAAAAGCACUUUUUUUUUUCUUUUUUUUUUUUUGAGUUUCCCUUCAAUGUUUUCUCUCCAACUUGUCUGGCUAUCAAAUUUAAAGGAGCAAGAUGUACUAUUUUAGCCAUAAUUUCAAUUUCUUCAAGGUUCUUAAAGGACACUGCUUAGAAACGCCUAAAAUAGCUUAGUACUGCUUCUUACCUUAUCAUAUUCAAUUUGCCAUCCAUUGGGCCAUCCAUUGACAUUUGGCGCACAGGAGGUUGGUGGCACCUUAAUUGGGGAGAACGGGCUCGUGGUAGUGACUGGAGCGGAAUAGGUGGAAUGGUAUCAUAUACAUCAAACACAUGGUUUCCAGGUGUUUGAGGCCAUUCCAUUUGCUCCGUUCUGGCCAUUAUUAUGAGCCGUUCUCCUCUCAUCAGCCUCCACUGAUUUGGCGCUAGUUGCAGGUGGAAAUGUAUAACCUUUAAAAGUAUUUUUGAUCAUAAGUUCCUUAUUUUCUUCAACCUGUAGGUAUGGAGUUGCGUUUACAUAUUACGGCAUCAGCCUGAACAUCACUGGGUUUGGCAUGAAUGUCUACUUCACACAGUUCAUAUACGCUGCCAUCGAGAUGCCUGGAAAGAUUGUGGUCUAUUACUUCUUGAACAAGUUUGGCCGAAAACCAGGACAGGUUGGGACACUGCUUUUGACUGGAGCCUGUGUCUUCAUCAACAUAUUUGUUCCUCAAGGUAUUUGUUGGUUCCUGAAAGAUAUCGUUAGCUAAUAAUGGAUUAUUCGACUUUGCAACAGUGCACUACAUGUGUUAAGUUUUUACUUUACUUACGUUUUUACUUACCUACUUACUUACCUUUGUGUUCCUUGUGGAACAUAGACCAUUGAUGCUGUUUGUUUUCUUUGUGCACUUGCAUUUUGAGCCCUGGGUGGUAUUUGUCAGUUGUUGGCCUUAGAUUCAGUCGUCCAUGUUUUCAUAUCUUAACUCAGGUAUGUGGGUGUUUCGUACCAUCAUGGGUCUUUUUGGGAAAGGCCUGUCAGAAGCAUCCUUCACAAUAAUGUUCCUUUAUACCACUGAGCUCUACCCAACAGUAGUUCGGUGAGUGACCAAUAAACUACUAUAUCACAUAGUGUUCACGUAAUGUAAUGACCAGUAGUCCUGGUGUGUAUUCAGUGACGGGAAAUGUCUUUCACAAUGUUGCAGAUAGAAAUGUAACAAAUAGAGCUAACACGAUUCCUACUUGACAGACAAUCAACUCUGUUCUACACAAUACAUUUCUAUCUGAACGUUCUGUAAUGUUGUUGCCUCCUUAUAACACACAUUGUUGAAGAGAAGUUUCCAAUUUAAUUAUGCUGCCAGAUUAUCAUUAUUUUUGCACAGAUCUGUCCUCUUUUGCACUCUAAAUUACUUUUUCGUUUGGUCCCUCAGGCAGAACGGCGUUGGCUACACCUCGUUUGUGGGUCGGCUGGGCGUGUCCAUCGCUCCCCUCGUCGCCCUAUUGGACGAUGUGUGGGAGCUCCUCCCUGCUGUGAUAUAUAGCUUGGUGGCUGUUGGUACCGGACUAGUGGCUUUGCUCCUCCCAGAAACAUUCAAUGUUCGCCUGCCAGAGUUCAUCGAGGACAUAGAGAGACCAAGGUAGAGCAGGAAUUGUAUUUGGUAACACUUCAUCUAAAGCAUCUAGGUACAGUAUAUGAUUGAUUGAUGAUUUAUUUAUUUAAUUUCAGUUUCAGACACCAUUUAGUGCACAGCCCAUAUGGGCUUAUAAGAUACAAUCAAGUGCUUGUGAAGAAAAGGGGAAACAAAUACAGUUUACAAUAAGGAUGCAGUUAUAUAAUGCAUUGUAAGACUUGUCAUGGGUCUGAUUAUAAGACAUUAUAAAGGCUCAUACAUGCUUAUAACAAGUUGUAAACAUUAUACCCAUGCCAAUGCAUAAACUGAAUUUUUAUAAAGGCUCAUACAUGCUUACAACAAGUUAUAAUGCAUUAUAAACCAGGUAGUUUGAGUCCUGGAUGCUGAUUGGCUGAAACUGCACCUCAGCUGUGUGUAUAUCAGACAAUAUACCAUGGGUAUGACGCAAAAAUACUUGUUUACUGUUCUAUUUACAUUGGUAACCAGUUUAUAAUAGCAAUAAGGCACCUGGGUGGUUUGUGGUAUAUGGUCAAUAUAUCACGGCUAAGGGCUGUUCUUAGGCACAACGCAUUGCGUGGUCUAUGGUCUGAUAUACCACAGCUGUCAGCCAAUCAGCAGUCAGGGCUCGAACCACCCAGUUUAUAAUGGCCAAUAUACAACACCCCCUCUGGCCUUUUUGCUUAAUUAUAUAAACGAAAUUUUUAUAAAUGUUCAUACAUGCUUAUAACAAGUUAUAAAGCAUCUACCUAUGCCAAGGUUUAAACCGAUUCUUUACAAAGGCUCAUAACAAGUUAUAAAGCAUUAUACGUAUAUGUUUUAAGUAAAGGUUACCCAGUAUUUAAUCAGUAUUCAGAAUUGGAUGAAUGACCAUGUAACAUCUAAUUGCACCUUUCCUGCUUUGCAGAGCUGAACUGGAUGGAGAGAGUGGCAUUCCACUGAAGCAAGCUGAUGAAAACAGAAAUGGAAAUGGAGCAGUUGAGGUUACAUGAAUCCACACAGAGAUCCUAUUAGAUUACAAAAGGAUUCUAUAUGUAGUUCUAUGUGAAUCCAUGUCACUCAGAGAGACAGCAGUUUUCAAGCAAGUGCAUGAAAGAUGGACACAGAGCAGAAUAUCUACCUAGAAGAAAUAUAAUGGAUGGACCAGAAAAUAGAUGUACUAGGGUCCUACUAACUUAACCAAAACAACUAAAAACAACCAAAAACAACCCAUCAUAACCCUUUAUGUAACACACAUGAUAAAAGUUACUGAUAACCUCUGAAAUAUCAAUUAGUAAUAGUACUUACUUGGUUAGUACUUACAUAGUACAUACCUGGUUAUUCCAUGGUGAAAGAUCAUUGUAAAAUGAAUUGUAUCCAUUUUCUUACAUGGACAUGAUUGAAUCUACAGUUUUUUUCUUCAGAAAUACUGUUGUUUGUGUGUCUUACCAUGUGUCUUGGCAAUAAACCUGUG